AUGGGUUUUGCCAUGAUCGUGCGGGAGGUCCCUGACCCAGGCUCUCCAGCUGCCCCUGGCUCCCCGGAGCACUCCUUUCCGAGCAAGAGGACAAAGAAGGCUGCCCUUUCAGCAGGUCAGCUUCCCAGACUGUCGCCCCAGGAGGACAAGGUUCCCUCGAAAGUCACCUCUGAACUCAAGUCGUGCCUGCAACGGGCCCGGGAGCUGGGGGCACGGGUCCAGGAGUUGAGGUCAAGUGCCCAGAGGAAUGAUGCUGGGGAACCCAGUGAGCUGGAGGCCAAGGGGCACCCAGCAGGGCCAUGCAGUGAAGAGAAGGCACCUGCCUAUCAGCGCUUCCAUGCCCUGGCUGAGCCAGGGCCUCCUGGCCUUGUGCUGCCCUACAAGUACCAGGUGUUGGCCGAGAUGUUCCGCAGCAUGGACACCAUCGUGGGCAUGCUCUACAACCGCUCAGAGACUGUGACCUUUGCCAAGGUCAAGCAGGGCGUCCAGGACAUGAUGCGCAAGCGCUUUGAGGAGCGCAACGUGGGCCAGAUCAAAACCGUGUAUCCCACCUCCUACUGCUUCCGCCAGGAGCGCAACGUCCCCACCUUCAAGGAUGAUGUCAAGAGGUCUGAUUACCAGCUCACCAUCGAGCCGCUGUUGGACCAGGAGGUUGGCAACACGCCCCCCCAGCUCACAGCCUCCCGCCUCCUGCAGCGGCGACAGGUCUUCAGCCAGAACUUGGUGGAGCGUGUCCGGGAGCAUCAUAGGGUCUUCCUGGCCUCCCUGAAUCCUCCCAUGGUGGUGCCCGAGGACCGGCUGACACGCUGGCACCCCCGCUUCAACGUGGACGAAGUGCCUGACAUCGAGCCUGCCGAGCUGCCCCAGCCGCCCACCACAGAGAAGCUGGCCACUGCUCAGGAGGUGCUGGCCCGAGCCCGAAGUCUGAUGUCACCCAGGAUGGAGAAGGCCCUCAGUGACUUGGCCCUGCGCACAGCUGAGCCCAGCAGCCCUGGAUCCUCCAACCUGGUACUGCCAGCUACCCCUCCGGCCACUCCACCUGCUCCCCUGAAGGGGGUGUCCCAGGACCUGUUGGAGAGGAUCCGGGCCAAGGAGGUGCAGAAGCAGCUGGCACAGAUGAUGCGGCGCCCAGAGCAGGAGCAGAGGUUGCAGCGGCUUGAGCGGCUGCCUGAGCUGGCCCGGGUAUUGCGUAGCAUCUUUGUGUCCGAGCGCAAGCCAGCGCUCACCAUGGAGGUAGCCUGUGCCAGGAUGGUGGGCAGCUACCGCAUGACCAUGAGCCCAGGGGAGAUGGAGAAACACGUGCAGCUCCUCUCUGAGCUGCUGCCCGACUGGCUCAGCCUCCACCGCAUUCGUACUGACACCUAUGUCAAGCUGGACAAGGCUGCUGACCUGGCAGGUGUCACUGCACAGCUGGCCCGCCUUGCUCGUGCUGAGGAGGUGCUGUGAGCCUGUGGCUGCACACCAACAUGCAAACGUGGGCUCAAGGCCCCAGCCUGGUCCACGGUGCCUGUUUUAUUCUCUAAGAACACAAUGCACUUUGCUCUUCUGUUCCAGGCUCCCCGCAAGUGUCAGUGGCUGCACUAGGCUCUGGCUGCAGGCAGGACCUGGGGGGGAAUUCUCUGACCAUUGUGGGUGGUACACCCACCUCAUACAGCAUGUUAUUAAACUGGUUUCUCUUA